CACCGUUCUUCGCCGCUAAUAAAUUCACAGGAAUCUAAAGCAUAAGACCGUUCUCUCUCUCUCUGAUUUUCUCUCUCUAUAUAUACGCACACUGACACAUAGAGUUGGCUUUCCCUCGUCAUUCCAGCUCAAAGUUGUCUUUACUCUCUGUCUAGACUCGGCUCAACAUUGGAAUUUCCGGCGAAGACCCACCGGAAUCUGACGACACAGCGGUGGCAUCUGACACAACCAUCGACCCCCUUAGAUGGAGGAUUACCUGCAACUCUUCGUAGACGAGACGUCUUUCUACAAUCGCAUUGUUCUCGAGAACCUCUUGCCGGCUAGAGUGUGGGACCCACUUCCACACUUCUUACAAACAUGGCUCCGUAACUACGUCGCAGGAACCUUACUCUACUUCAUCUCUGGAUUCCUAUGGUGCUUCUACAUUUAUUACUUGAAACGCAAUGUUUAUCUUCCAAAAGAUGCCAUUCCUUCAACAAAGGCCAUGCUUUUGCAAAUAAUUGUUGCAAUGAAGGCCAUGCCAUGGUACACUGCUCUUCCUACACUUUCUGAGUACAUGGUUGAAAGCGGUUGGACAAGGUGUUAUUCUAGGAUUAUUGAUGUUGGUUGGCUUCCCUAUCUUGUGUAUUUAAUGGUUUAUCUUGUAAUUGUGGAGUUUGGGAUUUACUGGAUGCACCGAGAGUUGCAUGACAUAAAACCUCUCUACAAGUAUCUUCAUGCAACACAUCACAUCUAUAACAAGCAAAAUACCCUUUCUCCAUUUGCUGGUUUGGCAUUCCACCCACUGGAUGGGAUACUGCAGGCGGUACCACAUGUUGUAGCUCUCUUCCUUGUUCCAACGCACUUCACAACACAUAUAGGCCUCCUUUUUCUUGAGGCUAUAUGGACGGCAAACAUUCAUGACUGCAUCCAUGGUAAAUUAUGGCCUGUAAUGGGUGCCGGCUACCAUACUAUUCACCAUACCACAUACCGCCACAACUAUGGCCACUACACUAUAUGGAUGGACUGGAUGUUUGGAACUCUUCGUGAUCCCAUGGAUGAUGAACCCAAGAAAGCAAUGUGAUGUGCAUACCUGUGCUGGAUUGGUUUCUUUUCUGUUUCGGUGUAGUUUUGCAGUAAUUCUACCCGCUUCCAUUGGAUAUCUGUUGAUUUGUGUCUUGCAUGUAAAUUAUUUUGCUGGUUUUCAUGAUUUUGACUAGAAAGUUGGUAUUCGAGAGAGGAAAGAGGAGAGGGUUUUAGGUGGAGCUUUCCUUUCUUCAUAUUUGAUGCCAGUAAUCCUGAAUCCCCAGGACUCAAAUAAGUAAUCUUUUGUAGCAAUCUGCCAAUUGUAGGUCAUGCUUCAAUGGGAAACUUCUUUCCAACUAGAGUUCUGUAGUCAUUUUAAGUUGUAAAUUUGUUUGCCUUCUCACUUCUUGUGUUUGGAUUUGACCUCAGUUCUAUGAUGAAAAAUAAAAAAUAAAAAAAUUAAGGGCC